GCUGCGAGGCCCGAGAAGCACAGCCCGGAGGGAAAAUGCGCCGUGGGCUCCUGUGCCGAUUCCUGUGGCUUUGGCCCUAUCUGUUCUACACAGAAGCUGCGCCCAUCCAAAAAGUCCAGGAUGACACCAAAACCCUCAUCAAGACGAUUGUCACCAGAAUCAAUGACAUUUCACACACGCGAUCAGUCUCCUCCAAACAGAGAGUCACUGGUUUGGACUUCAUUCCUGGGCUCCACCCUGUCCUGAAUUUGUCCAAGAUGGACCAGACAUUGGCGAUUUACCAACAAAUCCUCACCAGUCUGCCUUCCGGAAAUGUGAUCCAAAUAUCUAAUGACCUGGAGAACCUCCGGGACCUUCUUCACCUGUUGGCCUCCUCCAACAGCUGCCCCUUCCCCAGGACCAGGGCUCUGAAGACCUUGGAGGGACUGGAUGAUGUCUUGGAAGCCUCACUCUACUCCACGGAGGUGAUGGUCCUGAGCAGGCUGCAGGGGUCUCUGCAGGACAUGCUACAGCAGCUAGACCUCAGCCCUGGGUGCUGAAGCCUUGAAGGCUUGGAGAGAGCCUGUGCGGACAGUCUGUAUCCAGGCCUCCAGUCCCUUCCUCUCACUACUUCAAGCCACCCUUCCAAAGGUCAGUUCUGCUUGGACUUGGCCACAGCCAGCUGCGUUAUUCAGGUUGAAGGAUCCCCCGAAGCAAUAACAGGAUCAACCAGAUACACAGGCUCGAAAGGACAGGACUGUCUUGAUGCGGACACAGAGCAGCCUUCUCUGCAGCGCAUGAGGGCCUGAGAAUUUCAACCGAAGUCCCCUGGUGGACCGAGGGCUGGCCCGUCCAAGGGAGUCUCUUCCAUGGGUUAUUUCAAGGAUCCCCCUCCCCCAGUCAUCUUGCUGAUUACUCUGGAGGUUUAAUGAGAUGAUAACCCAGCACAGUAUCUAGUUCACAGUAGAUGUAAGUGAACCUCCUUCCCUUCACCUCACAAUUACCAACAGGCUUUAAGUGUCAGUGAUCCGGGAGCAGGAGCACAUGGGCACAAACUCACCCUCAGUGUUGACGACGAGGCCGAGUCUUUCCUGCUUACUAGUUUAGGUGGGGGAGGAAGGGGAGACCCAAGAAGAGGGCCAGUCGGAUGUGACUGGAGCAACCUGAGUGGGUCACUUGGCAGCUGUGGGAAGUGGCUGGCUUCUGUGUCAGUCAAGCCUCCUUUAGCUGCCAGUGACAGAAACUCAAGGCAAACCAAACAAAAUGUAAAAGAGAGAAUGUUUUGGCCUAUGUUGCUGAGAAGUCUAGGCCAUGAUCCAUCUUUUACAACACUUUCCUUCGCAUUUAUCCCCAGGGACCUAGAAGGUGCUAGUGCCAUGAUCCACCCCAGUGCCCCCGCCUGCCUGAGGUGGGUCACAGAGGCUUGGGGAUGAUGUGUAUGCCCCUUGGGUGGCCACCUGGGGCUGUCUGAGCUGUCCUGUUUCUGCACAGUCAUAAGCUCGAGAAGUUCCCCCCGCCUCCCAGCCCACAGUGGCUCAGGAGGCCAGCCCACAGUUACAGGUCUCUGAGCAAAGGCCUGGAGAUGUCACACUCUCCUCUGUGAGGUGACUCCCAGGGUCAGCACGGAAGGGCAUGGUUCUCAGAUUGCCCUUCCAGAUCCUUUUCCAUCUGCAGACAUUCUCUUGCACUCCCCUGAGGCAGCAGCUCACAUCUGCCAAACAGCUGGCAGUCUGGGGAUAGCACCUGGCCAUGUUCAACCUCCAAGGUCGGGAUUUUUGCAGAGUCUAGUGAGAAAAGAAAGCCUCAGGUCAACCCAGAAGGACCUUUCAGGAGACCCCACCUCAGCUGCUUUUUGCACAACAUACAACCAAAAAAUAAUUACACCUCAUUUUUCCAAAAGGACAGAGCAAUUUAUUCCAGGCUUCAACGUCAGCAUCUAAGUCUAGUGAUGCCUGACUGCACAAAUCCACCUGGGUUAAGUUCACUGGUACACUGUCAUCCUCAGCCCCAAGAGGUCCUUGCCCUGAGAAUGGGAGAAUCAAGGUACCGAAGGUAACGGAGCCCCCGUACCCAGCUCUCACUUCAACCCCAGUUCCCAGCCCAGAGGGUGCGUAGCCCUUAGGCACGUUAUGUAACCUCUCUCUCAAUUUGUCAUCUGUACAUGGGAGGAAUGAUACGACCUCCCUCGUAGGCCUUCAGAAGAUUAAAUAUGAAAUGUUUGGGAAGCUAAGAGCUGGAUGACUGAUAUACAAAAAGCACUUAAUAAGUCAUGUUGUUAUUAAUAUUAAUGAGUCAGGGAAGAAAAGGGAAUGGGAAUUGUGUAGCAGACAGCUGUGCUAUGCAGUUUCCUUGCACAGCACCCCCAUCUCGCCACGUGGUGCCUUAGGGAGCCCCUCGGCCCACACAAAGCCUGGGCCUAAGAGGGAGUGUGACAGCCCCAGGGGAGCCAAUCUCAGCCAGUGGGGAGGAGGCUCUGUGGAUCAAUGCCCCAGCCUCCAUCUCUCCACAGGGGCAAUUCUGAGGUUCAUUUUACCCAGAGGGAGCCCCAGGUGCCCACACCAGUCACCACACUGAUGAGCACUCUAGAUCGGCUCUUCCUCCUUUUCUGGCUCACUCUCCCCACCCCUCACUCCUGCUUCCUAGGGUCACCUCCCAAAUAUACCUUCUGUGCCAGACCCUCAUCUCAGGUGUUGCUCUUGGAGGAACCCAAAAUAAGACAACUGCAGAGCAAAAAGAGAUGGAUGUAGAUACUGGGAGAACUGUGAAGCAAGGUUCCAGACCUGGCCGGGAA